AUGUUAGAAAAGGAGAAGGUCGAUAUUCUUCCGAUAGCUCAUAAGAGUUAUGAAGUUCGUCGUUGGCCUACGUUUGUUGCUCUCAUCUGUGUGGGUAUUGGAUGGGCAUUAAAUGAAGUAGCAUUAGCGUGGAUUCAUGAAAGAGUUCCUAGAGAUGUUCCUCCACUUCCAGACUUGUGGUUCUCCUUCUUCCCUGAGGUUCGAGGUGCUAUCAGAGUAACUGAGUACAUUAUGCUUAUAUUGACAUUGAAUGCAUUGAUUAUUGUUAUUUGUCACCAACAUCGAUGGAUCGUCGCCAGACGUGUGUUCUUCUGUGCCGGUCUCGCAUAUUGUUUUCGAGCUCUCUGUAUCACCAUAUUCCAGGUACCGGUGCCUUCGGUUAAUACUUACUGUGCACCAAAGACCAAUGGAUCUAUGGAAAUUAUAGCAGCUCGGGUAGCACGCAUGUUCUGGAGUGCUGGAAUUGAGCAACUCCGUCCUCGUGAACUGUGUGGAGAUUUAAUAGUUUCGGGUCAUACACUAACCAUCUUCACUGCCUUUUUCACAUUCAAGUACUAUGCGCCAAAAAAGCUGAAAAUGGUCGGAUAUCUCUUCAACGUACUAGCCUUCAUGGCCGUCAUAGCAAUUCUAUUAGCUAGGAAACAUUACACUAUUGACGUCGUUCUAGGUUACACUGUUUCAUCCAGAAUCUUCAUGGAGUACCAUUCACUCAUGGUUUCAUAUCAUGACGGUGGAAUGGAUAGGAAUAUUCUUUCUUGGUCUUGGUGGUCACCAUUUGUUUCAUUCUUCGAACGAGAUGCUCCACCUCCACACAUUUUCCACAAUCACAUCGAAUGGCCAUCAAGUUGCCCCAACAAGAUUCGCAGAAGAAUAGCCUAA